AUCUCAAGACUGCUACUGAGAAACGGCAAAGUGGAGAGGAAGUGUGAACUGAAGGCUUGUCAGAUGCUUCAGUUCAGGGGAGGAUAUGUUGGGGUUGGAAUCCUUGUGCAGAAGGAUUGGAAUCGUGACGCCAAAGUUGAAGCUCAAAUAAGGCUUUUAGACUUAGAAGUCAAGCUGUGCCGUUUUAGUGUCUUUCUGUUUAGUUCAAUUUUGUGUCAAAUAAGUACAGUCCGAGUUUCUUGCGUAGUGGAAACGUGGGAGCAGGUCUGUUAGUUUGUUAUAGGUUUUAGCUGUUUCUUGUUAGCAGGAAUCAAGGGGAAACGGGUUAGUGUGGUUAAUGGUAGCCGUGAUUACAGGAUUAGAGCUUGUAUUUAUUCUUCCAAAAGUUCAGAUCAAUAAACUUGUCAGUUUGUCUCAAUUGGGUUUGACAGA